AUGGGUAGAGGGAAGAUAGAGAUAAAGAGGAUAGAGAACGCAAACAACAGAGUGGUGACGUUCUCAAAGCGGAGGAAUGGGUUGGUGAAGAAGGCCAAAGAGAUCACGGUUCUUUGCGAUGCAAAAGUUGCUCUCAUAGUCUUUGCAAGUAAUGGUAAGAUGACUGAUUAUUGUUGUCCUUCCAUGGACCUUGGUGCUAUGUUAGACCAAUAUCAGAAGUUAUCUGGCAAGAAACUAUGGGAUGCUAAGCAUGAG